CCCUUUCCCAUAUGCCACUGUAUAGAAUAAAGCUCAGCUAUGCAGACCUCUAUCAGAAUGGCUAUCAACACCCCCACCCAGAUCCAGGUUGGAGAGAACUUGCUCUUCAUCCCAGACCUAUCAAACCCCCUCCAUGGACGAGUCAAAGUGCAUCCAUCGAGUCCGAGGGGAAAUACGAAGAAAACACCACUGUUCUUGCCCCAUGACGAUCCAGACAUCGCCCAACAGAUCGUCAACCAAGACCAGCUCGGUGCUGGAUGGCACACUAAAGCCAGUCCAGCUUCGAUGCAGUGGAUGCCCGUCAAAGCAGGCGAUGGUCCCACUGCGCCUAUCUCUUCCGCCUUAACCAAAGUUCACGCUGAGGGUCGGCGCGCCGCCGCACCCAUAGCUACCUUCCAUGCCGAGGUCUCAUCCUAUUGCGCCGAUCAUCCCUCCACCAGGAGAAGUUCGCUUGCUGGAGAUUUCGCCUCAAACGCGGCCUGCCGCCGCUUCGACCGGGGCACACUGAGACGCAAGGUCGCCGUCUCCGGCAUCCUCAACUUCAGACACCUCCUGCCUACAUAUAACCUGCAGGACUGGGGGAAAGAGAGGAUAGGCAGACUGAUUGCCGCUGACCCGGGUACCGAGAAUAGCUCCGGCAAUGUACAGUUCUUGAAGAACGAGCCUUGCGAGCUUGCUCUUGUGGCCGAGAGAAAGCAUCCGCGAAUAGCGAGUGCAGAUAUGGACGCGAGAUCUGAGCCAACGCAGCCCGAAAACGGCGCAGGCGCAGAUCCGCGUUAUGCCAUCCCGCUUCGGGCCCAAGCCCAUGAUGGGAGCACAGAGGCGGGGCAAACCCCUAAUUUCCCGCCGUCCCAAGAGAAGCAGAUUCAGAAGGAUCAUCCCGCGCCUUCCGAGUUAAGCGCAAGAUCAGCCAGGGGCAAGAGUAAAUUGGAGGCGGCUGGUGGCAAAGGUCCUCCGGGCGAACGUUCGAGGGUGGCAGCGACGGCUGGCGUUUCACGCAGACACGACAAGGCGGCUGCGCCACGUAUCUUGACUGCGGCGACCUUGAAUUGUGACACCGCUCCUUCUAAAAUGCUUGGGAAACGACCCAGAGCCGAGGAUGACGACGGUGAGCGGCCUGCCAAAGUCGCACAUACCGAAAGGCAGUUGGAGGGGAGCCCUGAAUGGUCGAGCAUAACCGUCGCCUGUAAGAACGAAAUCCUGAGAGUGCUGCGCGGGGAUGCAAUUAUCGGCAAUCCGAAAGAACUGCGAGACCUGAUCAAAGCUCUGGACGAGGUUGAACGUGUAAAGUAUGAACUGGACUUGCCAUCGCUCAGGCAAGCUCGCAUCGGCAAAUACCUGAAGUCCCUCAUGAACAAUACUACGAUCAUUCCUGACCACUUUUCCGGCGUGAGGGUCAAGGCCCGGAAGCUCUUUGAUUUCUUCCGGGCAAGGCUGGCCUGUGCUGGCGGAGACAUCCCGCAGAGGGGAAAUCAGAAUCAGUAG